AUGGCUACAGCUGCGGCUGCACUUGCCUCUAACGUCGGCGCCGCGAACGCCGUCAGUUCCCUUUCCAGCCAAACCUCGUCACUCCGACUCCAGACUCCCUCGUUCGCAACUCUACCUCACCUCUCCACCUUUAAAGGCCGACAAGUAGCAGUUAAAGCCCAAGCCGCCGUGCUAAGUCCAGGUCAAGCGCCGCGCAGCGGCGUUAAGGCGUCCAAGGUGGAGAGCGAUGGCGAGAACUGGUGGGAGAAGAACAUGCCGCCCAACAUGAGAGACCUCAACUCUACGACCGAAUUCGUGGAGGCCCUGGGAGAAGCGGGAGACAAGCUUGUCGUGGUUGAAUUCUUCGGCACCUGGUGUGGCGCCUGCCGAGCCUUGUAUCCCAAGCUCUGCAAGCUAGCCCUUCAGUACCCGGAUGUUUUGUUCCUGAAGAUCAACUUCGACCACAACAAGCCGCUGUGCAAGAGCCUCAACAUUCGCCUCCUACCCAUGUUCCACUUCUACCGAGGAGCAGAGGGCCGCCUAGACGCCUUCUCUGCCUCCAUUACCAAGAUUCAGAAGUUAAAGGACGCCCUGGCAACCCACAGCACCGACAGAUGCUCUCUGGGGCCACCAACUGGACCUGAGCUAAUUCUCCAUCCCGAUGCACCUGUUGUAGCUGCCCCUGCUGCAUCUAAAUUGUCAUGA